CUCUCAAAAUUAACAAAUUUCAUUAAGAUCGGCCCGGUGGUUAUUGCAGAAAAGCAUUUCUGCGUUUUACAUGCAUUUAAACAUGCGGAAUCAGAGUUUGACCCGAACUAACAAAGGGAAGAAUUACGGAAAGAGGCCAUCAUCGACAAUUUCAACAAAUAACUUGACCCAUAAGUUCAAUGGCAGACGACACUCGAAAUUAUAAAAACGACAAUCGAAACCAAAACACCAAUUUCGGAUUGCGAUACUUCUUGCAGGCGGCGCUGUGGUAGCGUCAUUUCGCUGUUUGGCGCGCUUUAGAUAUAAGAACUUUAGGCGCCUCUUUCGGUACGCGCUGGUGCCCGCCACUUCCUCGCGUACUUUUCAGUGCGGUCGUACAGUUAUGGCAGGCACAGUUUGCCUCGCAGUCCUGGAGGAUGGCCAAAGAAAGAAGAUUUCGCUGCCAAACGGCGCCUACGGCGAAUUGCUACGUGCUUUACGCUCUCUGACCGACAUCGAUGACACCACUCUGAUCCAGAUGUACGACGAGGAGGUUGAAGAUUACGUUGACUUGGAUAUGCACAGCAACAUCCUAAACAAGGCCAAAAUAAGACUGGCACGGAGGAUAGCCCCUCAAAUGGAUCGUGCAGGCCCUGCGUUUGCUGUUCGAGGUGGAGGCAACACGGAAAUGACUCAGUCUAGUGCUGUUACAGAAUGUGCAGAGGAGGUGCAGCAUGUACAGUCUGUGCCGUUGGAGAAGGAGAAGGACUACUUAGAUUUUGUGCUACCCUCUUUUGACCAUUACGAGGAAGUGCUUCGUAGAAAAGUCCCGAUAAAUUGUGCAGUGCGACGUGCUAUUAUCAACAAGCUGUUUGCAGCUUGCUUCAAGAUAGCUUGGUACCCUUCUAGACAGUUGUACCGCGUAGCUGCCGAGAGGCUUGUCAGUGCAUACCCACACCUUGCUGACAGAGUUGGCAGCGGAAAUGGCCUGGACUCGUGGGUCAUGGCAUUGAGAAACAAAUUCAAGAACAUGCGUAAGAAGGCGGAGAAUUGCUCUGAAGAAAUGUUGGCAAAAAAAAGGCACUUCCUGGUCAAGCGCAAACAACAGAUGGCUUCUGGUGAAGCUACAAACAAGAAGUUAUGCCGCCUUUUUGAUUGCAGUCAUAUUGUAGCAUAUGGAGAAACUGCCGAGUCAUUGAGGCUGCACAACGAAUGGCUUCAAGACAAUGCUGGCUGCCAAGAUGAAGAGGCAGUAAGGCCGAGGCUGCUUGCAACAGCAAAAGACAGGCAUGAACAACUUCGCAGCCUUACGCUGUCAGAUGCUCUGUUGCUGUUCCCCUUUCUGGCAACUGAGGCAUCGCUUCUCGUGGAGUUUGACCUACUUUUCCAAAGAAACGUGAUGGAGGCAAUGGAGAAUGGCUGCAAGCAGCUUGGUUACACUAUUCUGAGCUUUGGAGAAGCAGAAGAGGUUGUGGCAUUUUCCGAAGUGGGAUCCGAGGAUGCUGUUCUGGCAGCUCUGCAGUUUGUAGCAAAGCGCUGCAAGGAGCCCAUAGAUAGCAUCAUUACGCAGGAAGAAGCCCCGCUGACCCCGUGUCUGGUGCAGGAUGAAGGAUUUGCACUGCACAUCGACAAGCAACUAGUGUUUCAAGUCUCCUCGCUGCUUUCGGGAGUAGCCUGCCUCUUUGCAUCCUUUUGGGUGUUUCAUGUGGAAUACCCACGAAAGGCGCACAAAAUGUUAACAUUCAUAGAACAUGCAUUUCUGAACUUAACGCACACAAAGCCGCGUGUCAAAGCUCUUCAACUAAUCAAUUUUUUCAGAGGCCAUGCAGACUCCCUGGAAGAGCCAUAGGCUACUAACCAGUGGCCACACUCAAGGCCUAAAAAACUUCUUUGCAGCCGAUUCUUGUGUAGAGUUUCACAGCCCAAUUGAUGAUUUGGUCCAAGGGCUGGGCAAUCUGAUGUGUUAGGAAGCAGAAAUGCCAACUUCGCAGAUGCAAAGUUAUCCAGUGCGAUGUGCGCCGAUGCAUUUAGGAUAACUGCAAUUCUGUUCUUCGCUGCAACAUAGUGGUCAGUGAGGCGCAUGUACUCCUCAGAAAGCUUUGCAGUCGAUGCUUUUGUAUUGCUGCAGUAGACAACUCUAGACGGCAGUUGGGUGCUUUUGAAACAUCUUGGCAUGGCUGACUUCCCAAUCACAAGAAAUGGUUCACUUCGAAUGCAGCUGAAAUCCUGUCAUUGGCAUGCUUACCGCCAGUGCAUGUCUCGUCAUUGAAUGCAGGCAUUCUGUCUAGUAGCAGCUUGAAGAGCGCAGACU